GGAAAGUGAACUUUUUAAUGCCCCCAUCUCUCAGGUGUAUAUAAAUAAGUGGGCAAAGCCGACUUGGGACAGUGUGAGUUGAUACUUUAGUGUGACAGGACCCAGUGUUUCCACAAGAGAUGCAACUUUUUGCUGUUGCGUUUCUGCUGGCUGGCUGCCUAGCAUCGUCUCUGAAAGCCGCUAAUUUUGACAUUGGUGAUCUGGAAAAAGUCUGGCCUGAUUUGGAGCAGCAACAAACUGACAAUGGUGAUGGCACUGUUCUGUCUUCUGACAACAAUCAGGGUGUUGCCCUUGCAGCAGAUACUAUGUCAGCCUCUGACCCUCCAAAGGAAGGAGACCCCAUCGAUAAGUACCUGCUCAAGGACACUGAUGACUUUACGAUAGCCCGUGACUCUAACGGCCGUCCCAUUCUCCUCUCCAGUGUGCAAGAAACUGGUGCGCUGCCCCUUCUUUUCGGUGUGGAUGGACACGGUCAUCUCAUCCAAGCCUCCUCCGAUCGCAAUUUCAGUCUUGAAAGCAUUCCUGCCGUUCCUACUGAUCCCGUCAAGGCAUCCGACCUUGGAGCCAAUGUUGACACUCCUCGAAGCCCACCGCAAGCGCCCAAUCCUCCCACUCCACCCACCCAAACAAGCCUCAGCUGGCCUAGUCACAAACCCGUCGUUGUUGAAGAGCACGGUUGGCCCGCGCCUGUCAACGUUUACAAACACGGACAUAGUCACGGAUACCACCACCAUCACCACAACUUUGAGUCGUGGCCGUCUGAGCAGAAACCAGUGACCUCUGGUGCUCCUCAGGAUGAUGCUCCCCACAACUUCCCUCGGGGCCAAGCUGCCUUUGAUCAAGUCCAGUAUGACGAACGGCCGAGGGACUCGGAUAUGCCACCAAUGCACAAAGGCGCUCCAUCCACCCAAUUUCCUCAAGGUUUUUCGCCGAGUUCCGUUGCCCCUGAGACCAGUCAAGGUCCUUGGGAGUCUGUGAGGACCAACCCUAGAGCGCCCAAGGCACCUUGGGAGGGAAUGAGAAACAUGCCUGAGUCCCCUGAAGGCCCUUUCUACACCGAGCAGGCUUUUUUAGGGAUGAAGAGGACUCAGCCACCAGUCCAAGGUUGA